CUGCGUUUUCCAUUGAACUCGAAGGCACAGCUAAAGCCUAAAACCGCCAGCGAAUCCCACCUCUCGUCCUCGCUCUCUGAAAUCACAGAUCCUACCCCUCGCCUCCCCCCCCACCCCCUUCUAUUUUAGCUCUUCCUCGCCACUCUCUCUCUCUCUCUCUCUCUCUCUGAUCGUCGUUUUGUCUUCCAUGCCCGAGUUUGCCAUUUUCGGAAAUUUCGCUCUCUCUCUCUCUCUCUCUCUCUCUGCCUCUCUGUGUUCGAUCCUCUGUAGGCCUUUUCGAAUCUUCGAAUUAGGGCUUAUAUUGGAGAGAGAUGGUUAGCCCUAAGAGGAACCAGAGUAAGGGCUUCUUCGCCACCAUGACUUCUGGCUUGUCCAUGUUCGGCAACGCCAUGCACCGAUCCGUCAACGGGUUGCUUGGCUAUGAAGGGGUGGAAGUGAUAAAUCCAGAGGGAGGAAAAGAAGACGCAGAGGAGGAAGCUCAGAGAGGAAGAUGGAAACAGGAGGAAAGAGACAGUUACUGGAAAAUGAUGCACAAAUAUAUAGGCUCGGACGUCACAUCAAUGGUCACACUUCCUGUCCUUAUUUUUGAGCCGAUGACUAUGCUUCAGAAAAUGGCAGAGUUAAUGGAGUACUCCUACUUGUUGGAUCGGGCAGAUGAAUGCGAGGAUCCUUAUGUGCGGUUGGUCUAUGCCACAUCAUGGGCUAUAUCUGUCUACUAUGCCUAUCAACGAACCUGGAAGCCCUUUAAUCCUAUUCUUGGGGAGACUUAUGAAAUGACCAAUCAUGGAGGGAUUACAUUUAUAUCAGAGCAGGUGAGUCAUCAUCCCCCAAUGGGUGCUGGGCAUGCUGAAAACGAGCAUUUUACUUAUGAUGUGACAUCAAAGUUGAAAACUAAAUUUUUAGGAAAUUCUCUCGAUGUUUACCCUGUUGGAAGAACACGUGUGUCUCUUAAAAGAGAUGGUGUGGUCUUAGAUUUGGUGCCACCCCCUACAAAGGUUAAUAACCUAAUAUUUGGCCGUACUUGGGUAGAUUCACCAGGGGAGAUGAUUAUGACGAAUUUGACUACAGGAGACAAAGCUGUUCUGUACUUUCAGCCAUGUGGCUGGUUUGGAGCUGGUCGUUAUGAAGUGGAUGGAUAUGUUUAUAAUGCUGCUGAGGAACCUAAAAUAUUGAUGACUGGGAAAUGGAAUGAGUCAAUAAGUUAUCAACCAUGUGACUUGGAAGGAGAACCUCUUCCAGGCACAGAACUGAAGGAGGUUUGGCAUAUCGCUGAUGUUCCAGAGAAAGACAAAUUUCAAUACACAUUAUUUGCACACAAAAUAAACAGCUUUGACACUGCUCCUAGGAAGUUAUUGGCAUCAGAUUCUCGCUUGCGCCCUGAUAGAUAUGCACUUGAGAGGGGUGAUCUAUCCAAAGCUGGUGCAGAAAAGAGCAGUUUGGAGGAGAGGCAGCGAGCUGAAAAGAGAAACCGAGAGGCCAAGGAACAUAACUUUACACCAAGAUGGUUUGAUUUAACUGAUGAAGUUACACCUACACCUUGGGGUGAUUUGGAACUCUAUCAAUACAAUGGUAAAUACACACACCAUCGAGCUGCUGUAGAUAACUCAGAUAGCGUCAAUGAGGUUGAUGUUAAAUCAACUGAAUUCAACCCAUGGCAGUAUGGUAACUUGUCUGCCAAAUGAGGUACCCUCAUUCUAUGUUUGCUUCUUGAGUUCUGCAGUUAGUUGAUGGAGCGUUUUUUUGGUGUGAUAUUGGAAUCUCUGUUAUUUGUUGGCAUGUUUAUGUUGUAUCACCAUCUUAUAAUCCUUACCAAUUGAUAAAAGUUUGGUGUCUGUCCACCUUUUCAAAGAACCCUUAUUUUCCCAGUGCAUGAAUUAUUACCAUACUAUGGCCUCACUUGCUCGGGCAAGUGGGCUCCGUAGAAACUCUUUUAUAUCCAUUAAAAAACUUAAACAUAAUUGUUGGGUUACUGUUAUAACUUAACAGUAAGAAAGGCUAGUUUACUUUACUGGUGCAACUCUUGACUUUGUUAGCUCUCUUUAAAAUAAAAUAUCAUAUUCUUGUUGCAGGUAAUGUGUAUUGUGUAAUAGUCACAUUAGUACAGGCUGUAGUUUUGUGCUAGGAUGAUAAAAAUAAAUAGAUUAACACCUUUCAUUCUGGAUCAAAACUGUCAUUGAAAAUCAGCAGAUAGUCUUGGCAUGAAAGCUCGAUUUGUUGGAUUUUGCUUUCUUGGU